CGGCCAAUCGUCCUCGAAGUUGCGUGAUAUUCAAGCAAUCCGAUCCGAUAGCUCCUGACCACGAAGCGGCUUAUAUCUCCUGGGUGAAGGAACACCCGUCGGCAUUGCGCACGUCUAAGCGGAUGAUGAAAGAGGCAAAGGGCAAGAGGAUCGUCGUGUUUUUAGACUACGACGGCACCCUCUCUCCCAUUGUAAAUGAUCCUGACCUCGCAUUCAUGUCCGAUGAGAUGCGCGGGGCUGUACGCGAAGUUUCAAAGUAUUUCCCGACGGCUAUUAUUAGUGGAAGGAGUAGAGACAAGGUAAAAGAGUUUGUAAAGUUAGACAAUGUUUACUACGCCGGAAGCCAUGGAAUGGACAUAAUGGCUCCACCAGAGCAGCUAACAUCCGAUGGAAAGCACCGUCCCCAAGCCCUCGAUCGGAAGGGAAAUGAAGGUUCGUUCCAACCAGCAAAGAAGUUCCUGCCCGCUAUUCAAGAGAUAUUCACCGCAUUAGAGGAGCACACCAGGAAAAUAAAGGGUGCCCGGAUCGAGGAUAACAGAUUUUGCGUCUCCGUGCACUUUCGGCAAGUCAGAGAAGAGGAUUACGACAUAUUGAAGGAGAAGGUGAAGUCUGUACUAGAGAGCUACCCGGAUUUCCGUUUAACCUGGGGGAGAAAGGUCAUGGAAGUUCGACCAUGUAUAGAGUGGAACAAGGGACAUGCUUUGGAGUAUUUACUCGAGCAUUUAGGACUAAGCAACUCUAGCGACGUCCUUCCAUUAUACAUAGGGGAUGACCGAACCGACGAAGACGCUUUUAAGGUAAUAGAGAGUAGGGGACAAGGUUAUCCCAUUGUUGUAUCUUCCGUAGCUAAGGAUACGAAGGCUCGCUACUCUCUAAAGGAUCCGAAAGAAGUACAUAUGUUUUUGUCGCACGUAGCUAGAUGGAAGAAGGCUUCUUCUCCUUUCAAUAGGUCUUCUGCUCAAAUAGUGGGGAUUGAUGACUGAUGAAGACUGCUUGUCGUCUAUGUAAAUGGCAGAAGAAGUUGCAGACCGAUGGGGACAGCUUUUGACUUAGAGGACUUCACCGUUCAUUCGUUCUUUCA